AUGUUCCGUCUCAUUCCCACUCGCGUGCUCUGCGCAGUCGAACGGUUCAAUGACUUUGUGCGACCAGUUUCUAUUUUCUCUCUGGUCCUGUCGUCAGGUCGACACGCAAGGAAGGGGGUCUUUGUUUGCGUUUCACGUUCGCGUCGCACGGUAUCAUCACUGACGGCUCCAUCACAGUCCCCGAGACGGAAUGCGCCUGCGAGUGCAGUGAGGUGCAGUGGUGUGUUCGAGCGAGCGUGGGUCGGCACGGCCACGGCGACCGAAGUACGUGGUGGCGGCGGCCGCUCGGCCAUGACCGGGGACAUGCCUUUAGGGAGCGCGCACGCGUUCGGGCGCGUGUUGAUCCGGGACGGGGCGCUGCCGCCGCUGGAGCCCGGUCCGCCCGCUCCACCCGCGGCCAACGCGCAGCCGCCCGACAAGCGACCGCCGGCCGCGGCCGCGAGCCCCGAGCAGGUCAUGAAGCUGUACAUGAACAAACUGACCCCCUACGAGCACAGAGAGAUUUUCGAUUACCCCCAAGUGUACUUUAUAGGCGCGAACGCGAAGAAACGGCCGGGUCUAGUCGGCUUCCCGAACAAUUGCCAGUACGAUAACGAGCAAGGCUCCUACAUUCACAUCCCGCACGACCACAUAGCGUAUCGCUACGAAGUUCUCAAAGUUAUAGGUAAGGGUAGCUUCGGGCAAGUCGUCAAGGCGUACGACCACAAGAAGCGGGAGAACGUCGCUCUGAAGAUGGUGAGGAACGAGAAACGGUUCCACAGGCAGGCUCAAGAGGAGAUCCGUAUAUUGGAGCACCUCCGCGAACAGGACAAAGAUAACACGAUGAACGUGAUACACAUGUUCGAUUCUUUCACGUUCAGGAAUCACACAUGCAUAACGUUCGAAUUGCUCUCCAUCAACUUGUACGAAUUGAUAAAGAAGAACAAGUACCAGGGCUUCUCUUUGCAGCUGGUUCGCAAGUUUUCUCACAGCCUCCUGCAAUGUUUACAUGCGCUGAACAAAAACCGAAUUAUCCACUGCGAUAUGAAGCCGGAGAAUGUGCUGCUGAAGCAACAGGGACGCUCCGGAAUUAAGGUUAGUUCCUUUCAAUUAUAA